AUGUGCAAGGACCCCAAGACUGGCGAGAUCUUCCGUGCGGACCACCUGGUCGAGGAGGUUCUCGAGGCUCGUCUGAAGGGUGAUAAGGAAGCGCGUGGCCAGAAGGUUGUGGUCGACGAGGAGAAGGAGGCCAAGAAGAAGAAGAAGAGCAAGGGCGAGAAGAAGGCUGUCAAGCUGGACGAUGCCCUUGUGAAGGAGUACGAGGAGACUCUCGCACAGAUUGAUAACUUCGACGGCCCCGCGCUUGAGAAGCUCAUCAACAAGCACGAUAUCCGCAACCCCGCCACCGAUGGCCCCGUUCUGCCCCCCGUCGCUUUCAACCUUAUGUUCCAGACCUCUAUUGGCCCUAGCAGCAACAUGCCCGGUUACCUGCGUCCUGAGACUGCCCAGGGUCAGUUCCUGAACUUCGCCAAGCUUUUGGAGUUCAACCAGCAUCCUUCCGUAACGAGAUCUCCCCCCCGCGCUGGUCUGCUGCGUGUACGCGAGUUCCUCAUGGCUGAGAUCGAGCACUACGUCGACCCCGAGGGUGGCAAGAAGCACCCCCGCUUCGUCGAGGUUAAGGAUGUUGAGAUGUCCCUGCUUGACCGCAAUGUUCAGCUGUCUGGCAGCACCAAGGUCACCAAGAUGACUAUUGGUCACGCUGUUGAGACUGGUCUGGUCGACAACGAGACCCUGGGUUACUUCCUGGCUCGUAUUCAGCUCUUCCUGGUCAAGCUUGGCUGUGACUUCACCAAGCUGCGUUUCCGUCAGCACAUGGCCAACGAGAUGGCUCACUAUGCCGCUGACUGUUGGGAUGCUGAGCUCCAGACCAGCUACGGCUGGAUUGAGUGUGUUGGCUGUGCCGACCGCAGUGCCUACGAUUUGACUGUGCACAAGAACAAGACUGGUGCUCCUCUUGUUGUUCGUGAGACUCGCUCCGAGCCUCUGCGUAUUGAGGAGUUCCAGAUCGAUCUUGACAAGAAGAAGUUCGGUCCUCGCUUCAAGAAGGAUGCUAAGACCGUCGAGGCCGCUGUUGAGGCUCUGUCCCAGGAGCUCCGUGAGAAGCUGUCCCUGGAUCUGGAGAAGGACGGUAAGAUCGAGGUCGAUGUUGAGGGUGUUGGAUCUGGCAAGGUCGAGCUGGAGAAGGAUAUUAUUACUAUUGAGAAGCGUACCCGUGUUGAUAACGUGCGCGAGUACACUCCCAACGUUAUUGAGCCGUCCUUUGGUAUCGGCCGUAUUAUGUACAGCAUGAUUGAGCAUGUCUACUGGUCCCGUGCUGGCGAUGAGGCCCGUGGUGUCCUGUCUUUCCCUCCGGCUAUUGCCCCCACCAAGGUUCUGCUGGUUCCUCUGUCCACCAACCCCGCUUUCAAGCCCCUGACCCAACGUCUGACCUCCAAGCUGCGUCGUCUCGGUGUGUCCAACCGUGUCGAUGACUCUUCCGCCAGUAUCGGAAAGCGUUAUGCUCGUAAUGACGAGCUCGGUACCCCCUUCGGUAUCACUGUUGACUUCCAGUCCGUCAAGGACAACUCCUUCACUCUGCGUGACCGUGACUCCACCCGCCAGGUCCGUGCCAGUGAGGAUGAUAUUCUCCAGGCUGUUAAGUCUCUCGCCGAUGGUGACGAGACCUGGGAGGAUAUUGCCAAGCGUCUUCCUGAGUUCACUGGCCAGGAAGACAAGAUGGCACCUAUCGUCCACACCGCGAAAAUCACCCUCUCAUGUCCAGUCUUCUCGGCUGACUUUGACCCGCGCGAUAAUGGUCGUCUGCUUGUUGGUGGCGGAGGCGGCGAAGGCCGUAGCGGAGUUGGGAACAAGAUCUCUCUGCUAGAUACAUCACAUCGGACUGAAAUCAAGGAGGUCGUUGAAUUAAGUUUAUCGCGCGACGAAGACUCGGUGACGUCGUUGGCGGUCGCGCCGCAAGUUGGCGAUGAGGAACACUCACUGGUCAUUUUUGCUGGAAUUAAUAGCUCGGUAGCGGAACAGAAGAAGAACAACAAUCAGCAUAUGCGCGCGUUUCGUUUCGAUGCUCCCCGGAAAGUGACUAUAUCGACUGAGGUGGAAUCGUCGGAAGGGAAGGAGAAGGCAGAGGCAGAGACAAAAGAUGCGAAGCCAACGGAAGAGUUGAUCCCUGGAAAGGCAGAGCUGGUGUCUCGCAACUCGCUGUUCCGGUUCAAGAGCGGUGCUGAAGCGGGCGAGGCUUAUCAGCGUGUGAUGAGACUGUCACCUUGGAAGAAGCCGAGGCUUGAUGAGAAGGGCACCCCGGAACCCAGAGUUGGCGCAAUCUCCACUGGACUGGCACGAUCGGGCGAGAUCGUGUUUUUUGAAGCUACUGCCUCGCCAUCUGAAUCUGAUGUUAUUGGUCGAAUUCGCCUCAGCGGAAGCGAGGAAGCAGAAGAUGUUGAUCUUAUGAGCCUUGAAUUCGACCCUGAUCAGACCACCAAUUCUCGUGGACGGUUCCGUGUGGCAUAUACAAAUGGUACAGAUGUGAUGGUUGGCGAGAUUUCCUCGUCGACACGCUCCAACGCCGCCCCAGAUGUUCACUGCGUUUAUACUACCCCUCUGCCGAGCAGUGGUGCGCGAGCCGCUCGCCCCAAGUUCCGGGCUCUGCGUUUCCUCUCCCCUACUGCUAUUCUUCUCCUGCAGAAUGCGCCCAAUCGCAGCGGAAGCGAGCUGGUUCUCCUCAGGCUGCCAAAGAGCAAAGAUACUCAAGCUAAGAUCAUGCGCCUUCGCAAGCUUCCUCGGGCCGUGAAGAUCGGAUUAGGACUCGACGUUUGUGCGCUUGGGACAAACCCGGUUGGUCAACAACAAACCAUCAUUGCCGCUAGUGGUAGCGAUCACUCCAUCUCACUCUUCACGGUCGAGUAUGGUCCCAACCGCGGCUACGAGAAGAUCCAACCAUAUACUACCCUCCGCGAUGUACACCCAUUCUCCAUGACAAGGCUCUGUUUCUCAGCCUUCAUCGCCCCUGCCCACCCCAUAACCCCAGAUGUACCUCCGCAAAAGGUCAAGCUUGCUUCAACCAGCAUGGGCAACACUGUUGUCGUUCAUACUAUCCCACUUUCUCCUUUCCCCGCUUCUUCACGUACACCCCGCUAUACCCUCUCCCUACCCGGGCCUUCCGAGAUGUGCGAACUACUGGCCUACCUCGCCUUGCUGCUCUGCUCAUUCCUUGCAAUCAUUUUCGCCGUCCUCGUCUAUCUCGAAAUUCGCGGCGGAACACCACCUUACCUCGGUGCCCAGAACUGGCUCUCCGACGAUAUGCGCAGGUCUUGGGCGGUAGAAUACAUUACUCCAGAGAAAGGCCAAGGGUCUUAUCUAGACUACUUUCUGUCUCCAUCUCGAGGAAAUGGUGAAGACCCUCUUGAUCAUACUCAUUUCAUUCCAAACCACAACACCAAGGAAUCCGUUACUGUCAAUGAAGACGCAUUGGGAAGUCUAAAGGAUAUUCUCGACCGUGUCCAUAAGGCUGGUGCUGCACCUGCCGAUCUCGAGACCCAGGCUCCACACUCUCUAUCUGUGAUCGUCAGAUGUAACGAGCACGGCGAAACAGCCGAGCAAAGCGUCCUUAUCGAGACUUCCUCAUCUGCACAACAUGAACAGCUUUCUGCAGCUGAUCAACUCCGUCACUGGACUGAUCUUAGUGGCACUGAUAAAGCCGCGUGGAAGCGUCAUCUUACUGAUGCUGGACGCUGGGCUGCUAGUGAAGGCGAGGCAGUUUUACAAGGUGUAUUAUUUAGUGAGGCAUGUGGACAGUUGAGGCAGUUUGUGGGAAAUGAAUUGCCUUGA